AAAACUUAAUAAAAAUGUUGAAUCUGUAUCCCUGAGGUGAGAUUACUGUCUACCUUUGGUUAUGGCCUCCUUUCCUUUUCCUUCCCAUAUAGUUGCCUCUGCUGGCUUUUAUUUAUUUAUUUUUUUGAAUGUGACACUUUUGUCACUUGCAUGUUACUGUUGUGAAAACCAGGCAUGAGUUCCUUCGGCUGUGCUGUAGACUUAUUCCAGACAAUUUCCUUGAGAUACUGGCCAACACCCUACUACAGAAGAGCCCUAAGUCCAUUUUCUGUGUUUAAAUAAACAGAAAGGGUGACAUGGCUCUACACCUUAUUCUGCUGUAAUUUUUCUGAAUGAAUAAGCAGGGUCCUUUUGUAAAAAAAAAAAAAAUCUUAAAAUGACAUGCUCAGUCAGCCUCUAAUGAUUAACCUUUUUUUUAAAUGAAGGAAGCCGAGGGAGUCAAAAUGUUGGCGUGAAAAGCAGUAACUCCGAUAGCCAGCUUGACUAAGUCAGGGGAAUAUGGCUUUUCAUACAAUCCUUUGGCUCUGUUAUUUUUGCCAGGCAUUUUCCCCAGAGGCUGCUUUCCCUCAUGGGAGGCGGAGGGAGAGAUGGGACCCCAGGCUUCUGUCAAGGGAAAGCAGGAUACAGUGGGAAAGGCCAAUAAGGAAAGCCUGCUUCUGUGGUGGAGAUCCCCCCACAAAAAACGGAAGAAAAAGAGUAAAGCAAGAGCAGGAAGACCAGAUUUUACUAGUAUUCCAAGCAGGCCAGAAUUUGUAAGGCAAGAAUUUGUUAGGGCAGAAAGUUUUUCCAGGCCUGAAUUUGCAAUAUUUGUAGGAGAGUUAACUCCUGAAGUGGAUGACUUUUUGCUGUAUGACUAUUUUUUUAAAAAGUAUCCAUCAUGUAUAGACUGUAAAGUGGCCACAGACCUGCUGGGAUAUUCCAGAGGUUAUGGUUUUGUCAGAUUUUCUGAUGAAGGCGAUAUGAUGAGAGCACUGCAAGAUUGUCAGAAUGCACCUGGUCUAGGCGGAAAACGAAUCCGAUUGACUUUAGGAAUUUCUAAAAGACUGAAAGCAGAAUUUCAAAGGUACCAGCCCUAUAGUUAUAAUGACUAUUACCAAGACUAUCAAAACUAUUACCGCCAGUACAAUUAUGAUAGAAAUGAACGUUAUGACCGAUUUGAUCGCUAUGACCGUUUUGACCGUUUUGAUCGAGGCAGCCGUUUUAGUGAUCGUUUUUCUGAACGUUACUCUGAGCAUUUUGGUGAUCGUUUUUCUGAACGUUAUGCUGAGCGAUUUGGUUCUCGUUUUGGUGAACGCUAUGAAUAUCCUGAGUAUGGAGAUUAUCCUGAAUAUGCAGAUUAUAAUGCCGAGUAUGGUGAUUAUAAUUACGCAUCUUAUGAAAGGAUGCAGCCUACUGGAAAUAUGGGACAACAAGCAAUGAAUCCAGCUUUAUUUCAGGAUACCUGUGGUAUGAUUUUAAAUGAUGAUCUAGUAACAGAAGAUCCACAACUCAACAUAGAUGUUCAUAGAAUGAACAGAGAAUUUAUGGUGAGAAGUGAAGAACUUUUUGACACACUUAUGAGCUGUCAUUGGCAACCUCUGGACACAGUUACUUCCGAGAUCCCUACUGCUUACUAAAAGUGUCUUAUGUUAACACCAUAGCAUGACUAUUUUGACCAAGGUGCUAAAUUGACAUUUCUUCUACAUUACUUUAGAUCCUAAAUUUUAAAGCACAGUGUUGGAUUAUUAUUUUUUUGCAAUGCUUUGAUGGCCUUUGUAAUUUUGUUCAUCAGUAUCUUGAAAUCAUGUAAAUAUUCUGGAAAUGUAAAGAGUUAAAUAUGGACUUGCUUAUGUAAAUAAUAAAACUUUGUUUCUGCAAA